AUGGAGCAUCUCAGUGAUCCUGCAUCCCGUCCUUCGUCCCUCGUCUCACCUGGCUCUUUUCUUUUCCACAAACCUCACUCGGGAGUGACCUCCCAAUCCUCAAGGAUCAUGGAUAAAUCACAGCAGCCCAGCUCCUUCCAACAGCUGGAGAAGCUCGGUGAAGGCACCUAUGCAACUGUCUUUAAAGGUCGCAAUCGCCAGACUGGCGAAAUGGUUGCGCUGAAGGAAAUCCACCUCGACUCGGAAGAAGGGACCCCGUCCACCGCCAUUCGUGAGAUCUCUUUGAUGAAGGAGUUGAAGCAUGAGAGCAUUGUCUCACUCUACGAUGUCAUCCACACGGAGAACAAACUCAUGCUAGUUUUCGAGUUCAUGGACCGGGAUCUGAAGCGGUACAUGGACACUCGGGGCGAUCGAGGACAGCUGGACCCGGUCACGAUCAAGUCAUUCAUGCACCAGCUGAUGAAGGGCAUUGCCUUCUGUCACGAGAACCGGGUUCUCCACCGCGAUCUCAAGCCGCAGAACCUGUUGAUCAACAAGAAGGGUCAGUUGAAGCUGGGUGACUUUGGUCUAGCUCGGGCGUUCGGUAUCCCAGUCAACACCUUCUCCAACGAAGUUGUCACCCUGUGGUACCGAGCCCCCGAUGUCCUUCUGGGCAGUCGCACCUACAACACCAGCAUCGAUAUCUGGUCAGCCGGCUGCAUCAUGGCCGAGAUGUACACGGGUCGUCCGCUCUUCCCGGGCACGACCAAUGAAGACCAGCUGCUGAAGAUCUUCCGACUCAUGGGAACGCCAUCCGAGCGGUCAUGGCCCGGCAUCUCGCAGCUGCCGGAGUAUAAGCCCACUUUCCACGUUUAUGCGACGCAAGAUCUGAGCUUGAUCCUCCCUCAGAUCGACCCUCUUGGUUUGGAUCUGUUGAACCGCAUGCUUCAGUUGCGUCCGGAGAUGCGCAUCAGCGCCGCCGAUGCCCUGCAGCACCCGUGGUUCCACGAUCUGCCUCAACUCCAAGCCCAGUUGCAGCAACAGCACCAACAGCAACAGCAGCAGCAGAUGUCCGGUGCAUAUGGAGGCAUUGCUCCGCCCCAGUCGGCAUAUUAA